AUGGUGGAGGUGUGGAGGAGCCUGGGGAGAAGCGUCCUGGGGUGCCAAAUCCUGGUGUGCUUAACUGAAAAGUUAAGGGCAGCGGGAAAGAGCAGCCACAGGAGCGAGUGCUGCACUCGGGAGCUGGGCAGCAGCCAGGCUGCCCUGGAGCCUCGCACGAUCACCCACGCCCUCUGCGAGGUGGUGUCAGUGCUGCAGAGGAAGACACUGGUCCAGCGCCUGCUUCCCUACCUGCUUCCCGGCCUUCUGAGGCAGGUCAGCGAGACGCUGGGGGAGGAGCUGGCACCGUCCGUUGGGGACCUGGAGAGCGCUGACAUGCCGGGCAGCGUGCUGCUCCGUGCAGAGCUCGUCCCACAGCGCCUGCUGCAGAGCCUCUUCCCCUGGCUGGAUUCGCCCUCUGCCAACCUGCGGCUCACGGCCACAGCUUUCUUUGCCGAGCUGAUGAAGGACAAGCUAGUGGAGGAGAGGAAGCUGCUGAAGCCGCUCCUAGAGGCCUUGGGGGAGAGAGCGCGCGACCCCGUCAGCACCGUGCGGCAGAUGGCCGUGAGAGGUCUGGGCAACGCGGCCAGCGGAGCACCCGCGAAGCUGCGGAGGCACGGGGCGGCCGUGGUGUCGGUGCUGCUCAGAGGCCUGGAGGACGCGGCCAGCACAGAGGUGGCUGCCGAGAGCCUGCUGGUGCUGGCAAAGGUGCUGGGGCUGCUGGAGGCGAGGGCCGUGGGCUCUGCCUUUGAAGAGAUCUCCAGGGCCAGCCGGGCGUUCUGGGGGGCGGAGGAAGAGGUGCUGCGCCGCUCGGCCUUCGUCCUCUAUGGCGCCCUGGCCUCCUCCGCCUCUCGGAGGAGGUCAUUUUUCAGCAGAGAGGUGGAGGCGGCAUUUCCCAGCCUGGUGCUGCACCUCGGGGACCCGGCCCCGGCCGUCUGCAACGCGUGCAAGGUCUCCCUGCACCUGUGUGCCCCGUUUCUGGGGUCAAAGAGGGUGCGGCAGCGCAUCGCCGCAAGCAUCGGGCUGAGCGCGGCCGAGCUGCAGGAUGAGAUCUGCAGGCACCUGGCCCAAGACUGCCCCGUGCUGCUGGAGAGGCUCUGGAGCACAGCCCGGAGCUGCUGCAUGGGGAGCUGCGUGGCGCCGCAGGCAGCAGCCGUCCACGUCCUGGGCCUCCUCCUGGACACAGUGCCGACCGCGUGGCUGCAACAGCAGGACCUGGCGUUCCUGUCGGGAGCAGAGACCAAGUGCUAUGUUUUUGGGCCCAGAAAAGGCGACUAA